AUGUUUGCAGAUUUAGUGAAACACAUUGCAGGUAUUUUAGGUGUGCUAAGAACUAAUUACAGCGAUAAAUCAGUUAGGGAAGGGAUAAGAGAGUGUGAUAAAGCGACACGUAGGAUUCGGAAUUCUUUGCGUGGAGCUUUGCCUAUAGGUGAAAAGCAACAUCUUGAGGCUUGUUUACGAAAUAUUAAAUCGAUGCGUAAGCAUUUUAAAUUAGAACAAAAGAGGGGUCAGGGUAUAGCAUUGAACAAAGAAACCGCAAAGCAUCGCGUUCAUUGGGAUGACUCCAUUUCAGCAUUUAGUAAUAGAAUACGGACUGGUGUUAUUACUAAUCUCAAACAUAAAGACCCCAGCCGCUUCUUAGUGGACUGUAAGGUAAUCUUCAAACGACAGGUUUUGAACGCGUUGAAAAAAGACGAGGCUGUGAAAGUAAAUGCGAUUUUUUGCGGGGAAUUUGUGAUUACUCAAGGGGAAAAGACUCUCAAUGAGUAUAAGUACUUCACAACAUCAAAUGCGGCAAUAUAUAGGGGUACUGACAUAGAAGAGUGGUUUGAGGAAAAGGUUAGUAAACCCCUAAUGAAGAAGUUAUCGGAGUUUCAAGAAUGUAACAGUGGUUGGGCACUUCAAGCCGUCGUUAAUUUAGGGGUUAAUUUAAACAAAUUUACACCUCAACUUGGGUCUUCAUAUAUUGAGUUACCUGUCCAGAUCAAGAGAAAAGAAGCUUGUAUCAACGUCAAGAACGAGGAUCAGGCGUGCUUUGCGUGGGCGGUGGUAUCAGCAUUGUAUCCUCCUGAUAAAGAUCCUCAAAGAAUAUCCAAAUACCCUCACUACUCGUCUGUGCUUAAGCUAAAAGGGAUCCAGUUUCCUAUGACAAUGAGACAAAUUUCGAAUUUUGAAAAACAGAACAAUAUCUCCAUUAAUGUGUACAUUUUGAAGAAAGAGAAAAAAGAUCAGUUCAGUACCCUGCCUACAUACCUAACUAAGGAAAAGAUGGAUAAACAUGUGAACCUGCUUUUAGUGCAAGACUGCUAUGAACAACCCACUAAAUUUCAUUAUGUUUGGAUCAAAAAUCUUUCACGACUAGUAUCAAAAAAGUUAGGCAAAAGGAAUGGGCAAAAAUAUGUUUGUGAUAGAUGUUUACACUAUUUCCAUUCUGAAGACAAAUUAAUUAAGCAUACUGGAGACUGCAUGCAGAGGAAUGAUACCGCAAUCAAGAUGCCUACGGAAGAAAAAAAGAUGUUGAAGUUUAAAAAUUUUAAAAAUAAAAUAAAAGCCCCCUUCGUGGUAUAUGCAGAUCUCGAGAGUGUCCUGAAACCUAGCGCGAAAAAGACCGCAUACCAGCAACAUAUUCCGGCAGCUGUGGGAUACUACUUCAAGUGCUCAUAUGACGAAUCUCUUUCAUUCUACAAUAGUUACCGUGGUGAAGAUUGUAUGCGGUGGUUUGCUGACGAGAUGAGUCAACUCGCGGAAGAUGUCUCUACAGUGUUUCUUUGCCCUUAUAAGAUGCAAAUGACUCCACAACAAGAAAUCGAAUUCCAAACAGCAACUCACUGCCACAUUUGCGAACAGCCAUUUACAGCAGGACAGAAGAAGGUUCGAGAUCACAAUCACCUCAUCCCAGAGAACAACUUCCGCGGAGCUGCAUGUGAAAUUUGUAACGUCAACUAUCAGGACACUCAUACAAUUCCGGUAGUAUUCCACAACUUGAGUGGAUAUGACGCUCACUUUGUUAUAACGGAUAUUGCCACUAGAAUGGGUGGUAAAAUCGACUUGCUUCCUAUAACCAAAGAGAAAUAUAUCUCUUUUACCAAACAUAUCAACGAGUCACGCAUCAACUUUAGAUUUAUAGAUAGCUACCGGUUUAUGGCAUCAUCCUUAGAUAAAUUAUCAUCAGCUCUAACAGAAUUUCCCAAUCUCAAGUCACAAUUUUUUGCACUACCUGAAGAUCAAUUUAAUCUUUUAACUAAAAAGGGUAUUAUGCCGUAUGAUUAUUUAGACUCAUUUACCCGUUUCGAUGAGCCUUGCCUACCUCCUCAAGAUGCGUUUUACAAUAAAUUGGAAGAUAAGCCUUGUCCCCGUAGGAUGUAUCGUAGAGCUCAAGAGGUGUGGAGCAAAUUUAACUGCAACAAUUUAGGUCAAUACGUCGAGUUAUAUAUGAAGACCGAUAUUCUCCUCCUUGCGGAUGUGUUUGAGCGAUUUAGAUCAAGCUGUAUUAGUACUUAUGAUUUAGAUCCAGCCCACUACUUUACACUGCCAGGCUUUACUUGGGAUGCCAUGUUGAAACACACGCGGCAAGAGUUAGAACUCCUUACCGACCAAGAUAUGUUUCUCUUUAUUGAGCGAGGUAUUCGUGGGGGUUUGAGUCAAGUUUGCUCUAAGAGAAGAGUUCACGCAAAUAAUAAAUAUAUGCCCAAGUAUGAUUCAGCGAAACCUGAUGUAUAUUUAAUGUAUAAUGAUAUUAAUAACCAAUAUGGAUGGAGUAUGAGUCAAUAUCUUCCUUAUGGGGGGUUUCAUUGGGUAGAUGCUAACAUCGAUGUUACUAUGAUCCCGGAUGAUGCAAAUGAAGGCUACAUUUUAGAAGUUGAUUUGGAGUAUCCGAAGCAGUUGCAUGACUUACAUCAAGAUUUACCAUUUUGUGCAUUACAUAUCAACCCGAAAACCAUGAAACCACCAUCUAAAGCUAAAGAAACUUCAAAACUCAUGGCAACCCUAAAUAAUAAAGAAAAAUACGUCAUCCACUAUCGCGCCUUGAAACAAGCAUUAGCUCACGGUUUAGUUCUCACUAAAGUACAUCGAGUACUAAAAUUUAAACAGUCCCCUUGGCUAAAGUCCUACAUCGAUCUGAAUACGAACCUAAGAAGAAAUGCCAAGAAUGAAUUUGAGAAGAACUUGUUUAAGUUGAUGAACAACGCAGUCUUUGGGAAGACCAUGGAAAAUGUUAGAAAACGACUUGACGUUAAAUUAUUAUCCAAAUGGGAGGGUCGUUAUGGUGCAGAAUCAUAUAUCUCAAAACCAGAAUUUAAAUCUUGCGUUAUAUUUAAUGAGAACUUGGUGGCGGUAGAAAUGAAUAAGCUUGAAGUAUAUUUAAAUAAACCUAUAUACGUAGGUCAAGCCAUUCUUGAUUUAGCUAAGACGACCAUAUACAGCUUUCACUACGACUACAUGAUGGAUAGAUUUGGAGGUAAUUGUACUGCCGUUUAUACUGAUACCGAUAGUUUAAUUUAUGAAAUUCGAGAGCAAGACCCGUAUACGGUUAUUAAAAGCGAUUGCUUCAAAUAUUACGAUACCAGCGAUUAUAACCCUAAUAACCCAUAUGGCAUACCUCUUGUAAAUAAGAAAGCCUUGGGUAUGAUGAAGGAUGAAAAUAAUGGGAAAGUAAUGACUGAUUAUGUAGGAUUGCGAUCUAAACUCUACACGACCAAAGUAUUAACCACCAAGGAUGAUUUAAUAAAAUUACGUCAGAAAUUAGAAGCGGAAGAGUAUGAGGAGGAUGAAAUUGCUACGAUUAUUAAAAAUUGCGGUUUGAUAAAAAAGGCAAAGGGGGUAAAGAAAAGUGUAGUAGAGACUAAAAUUUCUUUUGAUGAUUAUGUGGAAUGUCUGGAGACCUUUAAGCGCAAAACAGCAUCUCAAAAUUUGAUUCGAACAGAUAAACAUCAAGUGUAUUCUAUAACACAGUCGAAAAUUGCUGUAAGUCCCGAAGACGACAAGAGGUAUCUAAUUCCCGACUCAUUUAACACUCUUCCGUGGGGGCAUUAUGCCAUUGAUAAACCUCAAGAUGUUGCCGAUGAACUGAUGGAUGUUGAUUAA